UUUGUUCAGGUUGUAUAAUACAACGGUGUUGUUUGUAUUAAGCAAGCAAAACAUUGAAGUCUUAAGUUCAGCCAGAGCACUUCAUUCAGAGCUGCAGCCUUUUUCGUCUGACCGAGAUGGGUGUCGUUUUAGGAUUAUAUGUUGUGGGGAUUAUAUUUACCACCAUUCUUGUACUUCUUUUGGCAUCCACAACAUUUCAUCCAUUUAAAAGUUACUUGGAAAAAUGGAACGAAAUGAGACCGAUUCCAGGAAUGCAAGGCGCUUUCCCAAUCUUUGGCAAUGCGCUGCAGUUUAAAACCAAUGCAGGGGAUUUUUUCAACCAGAUAAUUGUGGGCACAAAUGAAUACAGACACCUUCCACUAACAAAGGUUUGGGUGGGUCCAGUGCCCUUUCUGAUCUUAUAUCAUGCAGAGAAUAUUGAGGUUGUUCUCAAUAAUUCCAGACACAUUGACAAGUCAUUUGCAUAUAGGUUUCUUCAUCCUUGGCUUGGCACAGGCCUGCUUACCAGCACAGGUGAGAAAUGGCGUAACCGACGUAAAAUGCUGACUCCGACCUUUCACUUCUCCAUUCUCACCGACUUCCUGGAAGUGAUGAAUGAGCAGACUGAUAUUUUGAUACAGAAGAUGGAGAAGCAUGCAGGUGGUGAGCCGUUUAACUGCUUCAGCUACAUAACAUUAUGUGCUCUGGACAUCAUAUGUGAAACUGCAAUGGGGAAGAAAAUCUAUGCACAAAGUAAUGCUGACUCUGAGUAUGUGCAAAGUGUCUAUAAAAUGAGUGACAUCAUCAGCAAGAGACAGAGAUCACCAUGGUUGUGGCCAGACUGGAUCUACGGUAUGUUAGAAGAAGGCAAAGAACAUUCUAGAAGACUGAAGAUUCUACACUCCUUUACUGCAAGCGUUAUUAAGGAGAGAGCAAAGUUCAUGAGCUCUGAGUGUGACGCUGAUUCUGACCAGGGGCCGAGAAAGAGACAAGCCUUUCUGGAUAUGCUGUUGAAAACUACUGAUGAGAAUGGAAAGAAUCUGAGUCAUGAGGAUAUUCAGGAAGAAGUGGACACUUUCAUGUUUGAGGGUCAUGACACCACAGCAGCAUCUAUGAACUGGGCCUUACAUCUGAUUGGCUCUCAUCCUGAGGUCCAGAAGGCAGUACAGGCAGAGUUACAGGAAGUGUUUGGUUCAUCAGAGCGCCACGUUGGGGUUGAGGACCUGAAAAAGCUGCGCUACCUGGACUGCGUCAUCAAGGAGAGUCUGCGUCUGUUCCCCUCUGUGCCGCUGUUUGCACGCAGCAUCUGUGAACCCUGUCACAUCCAUGGGUUCAAAGUUCCAAAAGGCGUGAAUGCUGUUAUUAUUCCAUAUGCUCUUCACCGGGACCCGCGUUACUUUCCAGAACCUGAGGAAUUUAGACCGGAAAGAUUCCUGCCAGAGAACAGCAAAGGGAGACAUCCAUAUGCGUACAUCCCUUUUUCUGCAGGACCAAGAAACUGCAUUGGUCAACGCUUCGCUAUGAUGGAGGAGAAGGUGGUUCUUGCAACCGUCUUACGUCACUAUGAGUUACAGUCGUGUCAGAGCCGUGAAGAACUGAGACCGCUGGGGGAGCUCAUUCUGCGUCCUGAGAAGGGUAUUUGGAUUAAACUACAAAAACGAACCAAAUGACUUUUAUCGUCAAACUAGAAAGCUCAAACCACUUCAGUUUUUGUAUUACAUUUACAUUUAGACAUUUAGCACACGGUUUUGUGUUUCUGUUUAGGAAGAGAGAAAGAAAAGUUUAGAUGAAAUGUAUAAAACUCUCAGGGAUAGAUUUUUAAAUGUGGUAAAAUGGGAUUAUAGAGGAAUUAUGAAUUUAGCCAUAUUUUUUAACAAACAAUAGAGGCAAUAAAUGUUUAUGAAGGUCAUUAUUCUUGAUUUGAUUUUAACUUUCAUAACUUAAAAAAUACAGCUAAGUAGCACCAUAAAACAAAAUAAUAACAUGAUAACAUAAUAAUAAACAUUUUUUGACAAAAAUGUUAAAACAGAGUUAUCUCGUUUUGCAACAAAACUCUUCAUUUGUAGUUUAGUGGUCAUUAUAUUAAAUGGUCAACCAACAUAAUUGAUAACAUCACAUAACAUAAAAUGUACAUGUAAAGUUUAAAAAUAUAUUAUAUAUGUAAAAACUGUUUGUUUUCCUGAAGGCGACCAUUGAAUCCUUCAUCAACACUUUGGGGUGUUUUCCUAGUCCCAGACUAAAAUGCAUGUUUUUAAAUUACCAUAUAUAUGUGUGUGCCAUUGUGCCAUAUGUGUUUUUUUGUAAGGUAUGUUUGUAAAAACUACUUAAAUGUCCUAAUAUAACUAAGGCCUAGUCCUGGGUCUUGGAAGCCGGCCCAAUAAGAUGUGUUUUUUCUUACAUAAAACUGCAUAAAUGUUGUUCUGUGUUUUUUGAAGUGCAGGAUUGGUUAUGACUAUCAAUCUUUAUGCCGUUUGAGAAACAUUUUAGAUAAGAUGGAGUGUACUAGGGGUAACCAGAUUUUUAAUAUGUGGCAAAUCUCAGGUUUACCGAUUUGUUGCAGAUAUACCAAGCAAUGAAGCAACUGGCAUUCAAAGCCCUUUUCAUUUCUAGCAAGCUCAAAUGACUGCACGAAAACAAGUCUUUAGUGAAAGAAUGUCUAGACUAAACAAUCAUUGCUCAAGACUCGUCUGCACUGUAUUCAAACACGAAGGUUAAAUAUAACGGACAUCUUUAAUCAAACUGGCAUUUGUCUUGAUAGGAGUUCUUUAGGCAAAUGUUUUGCUCAAUUAAAUGAGAAAUUUAAAUCCCAGUUCAUUUUGUCCCAAACAGCAUAAGUCUGUUUUAAAAAUAAGCUCCAAGUGAUUUUACGCGCAGGAAUGCAAACAUCAAGUACAUCAUGCCAUGCAUGAAUAUUGAGCGUGGCAAUGAUUUAAAUUAGUUUGUUUGCUUAUUUGGAGCGUGAACAAGAAUCAAUCCAUUCUGUUCAUCCGCAGGGCAGAUUAAACAGCAAGAGCUAUUUCUUCAAAUGACAGAUUUUAAUGUGGUCAGUUGAUUGACUAGUAGUUCUGCUUCAAACAUCGUCAUUUUGGAUGCAUGCAUUUCAUCAAAGGCUCCUCCACAGAGAGGCAGUAUUGCUCCUCAUCAUUGCAGGUCUGCCUUGAUCUGUGCUGGUGAAGAGGGAGCGCAGACCGCUGGAAUUAUCAGCCAACCCUGCUGAACCCUAUAUGGUUCCCUUAUAGAUAAAUAAACUCUUUGAACUUCGUCAGAUGGAAACAUUAUAAAAUUAAAUCCUAGUUAAAGUGAAUAAUGCACCACUCCACUGUCAUAGAAAAUAAACAGCUGUCUAUGUAAAUGUAUAGGCUGGUCACAGUAAUGUGCACAAACUUACAAGGAUUGAACUUACAAUUUACUUGUGUCAUUAUUUUAAAUGCAUAAUGGUAUUCUUGCAAAAAAUAAAUAAUCAAUUGUGAGCAAAUGUUAAAGCCACAAUGCGUAAGAUUUUUGUAAUAAAAUAUUUAAAAACCA